AUGCAUGCCCAUGCACUAGUAGUAGGGAGUCCGGCGUCAGGCUGUAGUCUGUUGUUCCAGGUGGAAGCAAAACAACUGCACCAGUCGGAAGUGGAGAAGCACAGGGAGAGGGAAAGACAAGCAGCAACAGUGGAUGACGAGUGUAGGACUGCUUCCGAGCUCAUGCCGGCUCAGGAUGAUGGAUGCAGAACCGCUUCUGAGCCGACAGCAAGGGCGGAUGAUGGUUGCCGGACUGCUUCAGAGCCUUCACCGAAAAUUGAUGACGGAUGUAGAACUGCAUCCGAGCCUACACCAAAAGCGCUUGUUAGUGCACAGAAGCCACAAGAUUAUGCCCCGUCAAGAAUAUCGUCUGAAAAAACAACUGAGAUCAUGAUUAAACGUACAAUGGAAAGGACUGUGACGGAAGAAGAUCUUCACACGGCUGAGCCAGUUAGAACACCAGCUGGUUUGGAAGAUGCCGGAUGUAAAACUGCAUCUUUGCCGGAACCCGUGGAAGCAAAACAUCUGCAGCAAUCGGAAUUGGAGAAGCACACGGAGCGCGAAAGACAAACAGCAACAGUGGUAAUCUUACUCUAG